GUCCCGUCGGGCCGGGUCACGUGGCUCACCUGGCCCAGGUGAGGCGGGGCCGGUGCCGUUCCUGGAUCGCAGGAAAUCCUCUGAACAAUGAAGAUCUUAGACCCUGGCUAACAGAGACCCAAAAUCUCUGGGAUUCCCUCCUUCCCUCCUCCCUUCUGGGAAGCAGAUGCUCAACUUCUCCAGGAGGAUCCUCUCAGUUCUGUGUGAGAACCCAGAAGGCUCCCAGAGACCUCGUGCCUGAGCCAUGCUGGGCCGGAGGACACGACCCCCCCACGACCUCCACAGCCCCCGCCAGCUGUCCCCACCCCCCCCGGAGGCUUUGUCCCUGCGGCCCAGAGCAUCCCAGGAGGUCGAUGUCAGCUUGGAAGUGUUCAGUGGCUCCACCCCCGAGCUGAAGCAGAGCCGCAGCACCAGAGCUCAGCAGCAGAGGGAGAGGAGAGGUCGCAGAGCUGAGCUCAAAGACUCCAACGGGAGAGAAGCUGAAACAAUCACCUUUAUCCCUGGUCCAACAGAGGCUCCCCCGAACCAGAGCGUCUGCUGUUCCUCUCUGGCUCAGGCCUGGAACACCUACAAAGCUGUUUUCUGUUGUAUAGUGACCUGUGGGGGUUGCUUUCAGGACUGCAGUGUCUGUAUCCCCUACCCAGGACCUGCUGAGACCUCCCCGGAGGAGGGAAAGAAUGGAGAUUACAACGGGAGGCUGCCCAACAGCCCUGCCAGUGCCUCUCCUGCUGAGAAGAAUGGGAACCAGAUCAAAAAGUCCAGCAUGGGCAGCAGCUUCAGCUACCCUGACGUGAAGCUGAAGGGCAUUCCUGUCUAUCAGAACAGGAGCCCCAGCCACCACCUGGAAGCAGAUUCCUGCUGCAAAGACUUGCUGGCAGACAAGCCCUUGAGGAACAGCAUAGAAAAACCUCCCCUCCCCAGCAGCCACAGGAGCUCAGAGGAAUAUUAUUCCUUCCAUGAGUCUGACCUGGAUAUCAGUGAGCUGAAUGGCUCCAUGUCCAGCAGGGAGAUCGAUGUCCUCAUCUUCAAGAAGCUGACAGAGCUCUUCAGUGUCCACCAGAUUGAUGAGCUGGCUAAGUGCACCUCAGACACUGUCUUCUUGGAGAAGACCAACAAGAUCUCAGACCUCAUCAACAGCAUCACUCAGGACUACAACCUGGAUGAGCAGGAUGCUGAGUGCAGGCUGGUCCGAGGCAUCAUCCGAAUCAGCACCAGGAAAAGCAGAGUCAGGCCCCAGAUCUCCAUCCCAGCCAGCCAGAGCCACCAGGAGAAAUCCAGCAGAGGGAAUGCACCAGACAGUGGGAAUGAGACCAUGCUGGAGUCCAUGGUCAUCAGCCAGGAUGAUUUGGCUGUGCAAAUAUCAGAAGAAACCCCAGCAGAUGUGAUGGCCAGGAACAUGAGGAGGCACAGCAGAGCAGGCUCUCCGACCAGCAGAGAUUCCUCUUUCCAGGACACAGAGACUGAUUCCUCUGGGGCACCUCUGCUUCAGGUGUAUUGUUAAGGAAAAGGACCCCAGCAGCAGGCAGGCACCACUGGGCUUGGCUGCAGUCACAUUUCUCCUCUUCCCAGACAGAGUGUGCUCAGCCACAUUUUUUUUCCUCCCCCUCUGCCUAUCCUAAUCCUUUAUCAAAGCCAAUUUUUUUUCCUGCUGUCUGGAUUUCAUUGGAUAAUAUUAUAAUUAUUUUUUUUUGAACAUCAAGGAAGUGAACUGUGGAGGAAAUGAACUUGGGAAGUGACAUGUGUGCCCAGGGAGGAGGAGAUGGACAAGGAAAUAUCAGAUAAUUUGUGCCUUUGUCAUUUCCAUACUUCAAGUUUAGCUUCAGCAGCCUCAGUGGCCAAGCCCUUCCCUGCUUUUGAGGAUCAGUUCUUGCUCUCUGGCACCACAGAAGUUAACCUGGGUGUUUGGUGUCUCUCUGUUGGUGCCAAUGCUGAGGUGAAGGCCAAGCCCCUGCUCUCUAGGGACCCAAAUCUCUAGUGCAGGUGGGUUGGUUGGUCCCCAAAACCUCAGAACUGACUCCAGAAUGUUUCAGCACCCAGCUCUGCCUCUUCCCUGCUGCCAGCUCCAGCUGGGGGGGGUUCUCCUAAGCAGAAGGUUCAGGUAAAGUGGUUGGGUUCAUCUGGGACCUCUCAGCCUGUCCCCUGAGGCUGGGCUGGGGGGGUGGGUGCCCUGCCCCCAGGGAUCAGCUUCACAGUCACUGCCAGGCCAAUGGCUUGAGCUGUCACCAGGGACAUCAGAAAUGUCACCAGAGGCCACCCCUGCCUUGUGUGCCAGCUCAUCCUUGCUCCUCUGCCAUUCCCCAUCAUGCCACGUGCCAGGGUGAGCUCUGAAGGCAGAGUUAGGACAGGGAAGGGCCAUAAUUGGUUCUUUUUUUUUUUUUUUUUGGUUUUUAUACCAAAGAAUCAGGCUGUUUGACUCUUCUGCUAGAAAAAUCCUUUGUGAGUGCCUUGCUCCAAAAAGGUGAGUGGCUCCAGGGGCUCUGUGAGGAACUCUGGGCUCUGCCCCUGCCCCGUGGUGCCCUUAGCACCUUCCCCUUCCCUUUGCUCCUCUCUCCAGCAGGCAGUGGGAAGCAGGAGCUGUGGGAUCCCUCCCCAGGGCACAGUUCCAGGUGACCUUGAGAGCUGCAGCCUGGUGGCAGGAGGAAGCUGGAUCUCGGUGUUUCUGUUGCCACUUGGUUGUUUAUCAGAAAGUAAACAAGUGAAGCCAUGGGAUUUGUUUAUACACUUGGGUGCCCUUGGAUGUGAAGUGCCAAAGGUGUUGUUGGGUUUACCAGCAGGAGGACAAACACUCCUCCUGGGUUCUGAGGGGAGGGGAAACCAAAUUGUCAUGUGGACCAUGUUUUUGUGCCUGAAUUGGAUGAAAUGUGCCUUAAUUAGACUGAAAUGUGCCUUAAUUAGACUGAAAUGUGCCUUACUUGGACUGAAAUGUGCCUUUAUUCCAUAGGCUGGGAUUACUCUUCAUAAGGUUGGGUAGGGGAGGAAAAGGAUUUCAUUCCUCCCCUGAGCUGUCAGGUUUAUUUAAUCAGCCAAAACCCUUUUGAAAUGUCCAGGUCAGGUCCUUGCUAAAGCCUGGUUUUGUGAACUGCUCACCUUUCAGAGCAUAAAUCAUGGCCAUGGCUGAGACCACACCUUGAGACACUGGUGGGGAGAAAUCCUGAGAAUAAAGGGAGAGACUGAGCCUGGGAUUUGCCUUCCCCUCCCUGCUUUGUUUUUUAAAGCUGUUCAUGGUAAAAGAAAACAAAAGAUUUCUACAAAGACUUGAAGCAAGGACUCCCAGAGGAACUCUGUUUGCUUCACCUCCUCCAAAAUGCCACCUGGAUUGCUGGAGCCCUUUGGUUUCCUGCUUCUUUCUGGAUUUGUAGGUGCAGACUGGGGAGAAGUUGACUGAAACCUGUGCACUGAGGCAUCAGCUGGGGUCAUGCUGACAUGUUUAGGAGGUGAGGGGCCUUGGAUGGACUUGCAGGAAGCUGCUGCUGGCUCUGACAGAUCAGAGAGCAUCAUUUUUAAUGCUUAGGCUGUGUACAAUGAGUGUGGAUGGAUGGAUGGAGCUUGCAAAACCAAAGAAAACAAAAGAAACCCCCCAAAAAAAACCUCCAGAGGAUGACUGUCAGCUCCAUGGCCCCUGAAGCUGGUGCCACCUGUGGUGUCUUAUGGGAUUCUUUUGCACUCCUUGCCCUUAAAUGUCUAAAUUGACCUUGAU